AUGGUCAAUGCUGGCUUAGUCGAAGCUAUUCUUCGUGAACAAAAUAAUCCUGGUUGUUCAACAACACGGCAAAUUCGAGAUUUGUAUAAUAGCCGUUCAGGCGACGAUCCAAUUAUUCCACAAUCAGAUGAAGAUAAACAAUUUCAAAAACUACUUUUAAAAGCACUCGAAGAAUGUCCUGUUGAGGGUGGUGAAGUUGACAAUGACGACGAAGACGAUGAAGACAAUGAUGAUGAACCAAUAUCAUAUACGGUGAAAUUGAAAGAUAGUGAUGAAACCGUCACGCCAACGAUGAAACAUCGUUCAAUUAUUAAACUAUCCAAAGAAUCAAAGUCGCAAAGCGAUAGUGAUGAAUCAUCUAGUGAUUCAGAGAAAACAACAGUCACGAACAAACCAUUUUCUCCAUUAUUUUUAAACAAUAUGAAAAAGUUCGGUGUAUCAUCAGACUGGCUUGCUAAACGAUCGAAUUCACUUCGGCAAUCAGCGUAUUCACUUUCGUCAGUCAAAUCGAAUACAAGUAAACUUGAUGCUAUGAUCAAAAGUGCUUCAGCGAAACCAGUACGAUCCAAUCGAAAGUUAUCGUUUGUCGAAGGCGCAACAUCAACGAAAGUGGAAGCAGAUAAAGAAAAUGCUGAUCCAGCAAGUGAAACGAACAAUGAUCAGAAAGAUGAUGAACAAGAAAUAGAAGAAGAAGUCAAAGAUGCAGCAGCGACAUCAUCAGAACCUCCUGCACAUGAUCUAAGUAGUGAAGUCAAUGAAAAUGAAAAAGAUUCUGAACGAUCGUCACCUUCGAAAGACUUUUCACUUCGGAUUCCACGCAUUGAUCUUCCAAGCGAAGAGAAGAAACGUCCUUCGAAAAGAUCCAGUUCAUCCGCAUCUUCGUUAUCAGAUGAAGAAGUAAAACCAGAAAAGCCGAAACCGAAACUGAAAAAGCGCGCCAAGAAAGAAGCAUCGAGCAAAAAAGCAACUCCUAAACGAUCGUACAAAAAGAAAGUCAAAGAUGAAUCUGCGGCUACGAACGAAACGAAACCUUCACCAGAGAAAGAUGACGGCGACAAAUCAGUGGAAUUCGAAGAGCAAAAAGACGUUUCAGAGAAAAAUGAAGAAGAUGAGUCAGCAAAAUCAACUGACGUAAAGAAAUCUAUUCAAAACAAAGACACAUCAAGCAAAAAAGCGACUCCUAAACGAUCGUACAAAAAGAAAGUCAAAGAUGAAUCAGCGGCUACGAAAGAAACGAAACAUUCGUCAAAGAAAGAUGACAAUGAUACAUCGAUGGAAAUCGACGAAGAAGAUGAAUCAGGAAAAGUGACUGAGACAAAGAAGUCCAGUGAAAAGAAAGAAACACCAAAUAAAAAAGCGACUUCUAAACGAUCGUACAAGAAGAAAGCCAAGGAUGAACAUGUGACUACAAGCGAACUAAGACCUUCGCCACAGAAAGAUGACAAUGAUACAUCGAUGGAAAUCGACGAAGACGACGAAUCAGCAAAAGUGACCGAGACAAAGAAGUCCAGUGAAAAGAAGAACAUGUCGGAUAAAAAAGCGACUCCUAAACGAUCGUACAAGAAGAAAGCCAACGAUGAACCAACGGCUGAAACCGAAACGAAACUUUCACCAAAGAAAGAUGACAAUGAUACAUCGAUAGAAGUCGACGAAGAAGAUGAAUCAGCAAAAGUGACCGAGACAAAGAAGUCCAGUGAAAAGAAGAACAUGUCAGAUAAAAAAGCGACUCCUAAACGAUCGUACAAAAAGAAAUCCAACGAUGAACCAACGGCUGAAACCGAAACGAAACUUUCACCAAAGAAAGAUGACAAUGAUACAUCGAUGGAAAUUGAAGAGGAAAAAGAUACUGCAGAGAAAAAUGAAGAAGAUGAGUCUGCAACAACAACUGAUACAAAGAAAGCAGGUCAAAAGAAAGAUAAAGCUGACCAAGAACAAUCACGUGUUGAACAUCUAAAGAAAUUACUCCGCAUAUCUGGUAUUCGUCAUAUGAUUAAAAAGUCGGAAUUAGAUGAAUUCUCAUCACAUAAGGCAAAGAUUAAAUUUUUGAAAUCACUUUUCGAUCAAGCAGGAUAUACGGGUAAUUUAUCAAUUAAAGAGUGCCAGAAAUUUCGUGAAAAACGUGAUACAGAAAAAGAACUAUUGGAAAUUCAACAGAGUACCGUUGAUGUCAAAGGAUACGUCAAAGGCGGUCGAACAUUACGCGGUCAAGGCCGAGUAACAACUGAUUCGGAAAUAGAUAAUAAACGAAAACGAGUUGCAAGCAGCGAAGUAGAAGACAACGAAGAUUCAUCCGACAGCGAUAAGCCAAUCACAAAGAAACGACGAGUUCUGCAAAUGGAGGCGUCACCUGAGAUUAGCGACAAUGAAUAG